AUGGCUCGGUUUGGGGAUGAUCUGCCAACCCGCUAUGGAGGUGGAGGGCCGGCCGGGGCUGGAAGAGGGAGCAGCCGGCAAGGUGGCCCCCAAGCCGGCCAAAGGAUGUAUAAGCAGUCGAUGGCUCAGAGGGCCAGGACUAUGGCUCUCUACAACCCCAUCCCUGUCAAACAGAACUGCUUCACAGUCAACAGAUCCCUCUUCAUCUUCAGUGAAGAUAAUGUUAUACGGAAAUACGCCAAGAGAAUAACAGAAUGGCCUCCGUUUGAAUACAUGAUUUUAGCGACAAUCAUAGCCAAUUGUAUUGUGCUGGCUCUGGAACAACAUUUGCCGGAUGGAGACAAGACACCUAUGUCAGAGAGAUUGGAUGACACUGAGCCGUACUUUAUUGGAAUAUUUUGUUUUGAAGCUGGUAUAAAAAUCAUCGCUCUGGGGUUUGUUUUUCAUAAAGGCUCUUACCUCCGAAACGGUUGGAACGUGAUGGAUUUUGUCGUGGUCCUCACAGGCAUUCUAGCAACUGCGGGGACUGAUUUUGACCUGCGGACCCUGCGAGCCGUCCGAGUGCUACGACCCCUGAAGCUUGUGUCGGGAAUCCCAAGCUUGCAGGUCGUCCUCAAGUCCAUCAUGAAGGCGAUGGUGCCCUUGCUUCAGAUCGGUCUGCUCCUCUUCUUCGCCAUCGUGAUGUUUGCCAUCAUCGGGCUGGAGUUUUACAUGGGGAAGUUUCAUAAAACCUGCUUCUCUAACGAGACAGACUGUGAUGAGGUGGGAGAUUUUCCUUGCGGAGAGGAGCCUCCUGCCAGGCAGUGUGAGAGUGGGACCACCUGCAGGGAGUACUGGCAAGGGCCCAACUACGGCAUCACCAAUUUCGACAACAUCCUCUUUGCUGUGCUCACCGUCUUCCAGUGCAUCACCAUGGAGGGAUGGACCGACAUCCUCUACAAUACAAAUGAUGCUGCAGGAAAUACCUGGAACUGGCUUUACUUCAUCCCUCUCAUCAUCAUUGGCUCUUUCUUCAUGCUCAACUUGGUGCUGGGCGUCUUAUCAGGUGAAUUUGCCAAAGAACGAGAGAGGGUAGAAAAUCGUCGAGCUUUCCUGAAACUCCGUAGGCAGCAGCAAAUUGAACGGGAACUAAACGGAUACUUGGAGUGGAUCUUCAAAGCAGAGGAGGUCAUGCUGGCAGAGGAAGACAAGAACGCAGAAGAGAAAUCUCCUCUGGAUGUGUUGAAAAGAGCUGCAAUAAAGAAGAGCAAAAAUGACCUGAUUCAUGCUGAAGAAGGUGAGGACCAUUUCACAGACAUUUGCUCCGUUGGGUCUCCUUUUGCCCGCGCCAGUUUGAAGAGUGGGAAGAACGAGAGCUCGUCCUACUUCAGGAGGAAAGAGAAAAUGUUCCGGUUCUUCAUCCGCCGCAUGGUGAAAGCUCAGAGCUUCUACUGGAUCGUCCUCUGCGUGGUCGCCCUCAACACGCUCUGUGUCGCAAUGGUGCACUAUGACCAGCCGGAGAAGCUCACCACUGCGCUGUAUUUCGCGGAGUUUGUUUUUCUGGGUCUGUUCCUUACUGAGAUGUCUUUGAAGAUGUACGGACUGGGGCCAAGAAAUUACUUCCACUCUUCAUUCAACUGCUUUGACUUUGGGGUCAUCGUGGGAAGUAUAUUUGAAGUUAUUUGGGCUGCAGUGAAACCGGGUACCUCAUUUGGCAUCAGCGUCUUGAGAGCGCUUCGACUACUGCGGAUUUUCAAAGUAACAAAGUACUGGAAUUCCCUGAGGAAUCUGGUGGUCUCCUUGCUGAACUCCAUGAAGUCCAUCAUCAGUUUGCUCUUUCUGCUGUUCCUGUUCAUUGUGGUGUUUGCUUUGCUGGGGAUGCAGCUCUUUGGAGGACAAUUCAAUUUCCAAGAUGAAACACCAACUACGAAUUUUGAUACCUUCCCUGCCGCCAUCCUCACAGUAUUCCAGAUCCUCACGGGAGAAGACUGGAACGCAGUGAUGUACCACGGGAUAGAGUCGCAGGGUGGCGUCCGCUCGGGGAUGUUCUCCUCCAUUUAUUUCAUCGUCCUGACGUUGUUUGGUAACUAUACGCUCCUGAAUGUCUUCUUGGCUAUCGCUGUUGACAAUCUGGCAAAUGCCCAAGAGCUCACCAAGGAUGAGGAGGAGAUGGAGGAAGCCACCAAUCAAAAGCUCGCCCUGCAAAAGGCCAAGGAAGUGGCAGAAGUCAGCCCCAUGUCGGCAGCUAACAUUUCCAUAGCCGCCAAGCAGCAGAACUCCUCCAAAUCCAAGUCCGUGUGGGAGCAGAGGACCAGCCAGAUCCGGAUGCACAAUUUCCGAGCCAGCUGCGAGGCGCUGUACAACGAGCUGGAUCCGGAGGAGCGGGUGCGUUACGCUACCACUCUUCACAUCAGGCCAGACAUGAAGACUCAUUUAGAUCGGCCGCUGGUGGUAGAGCCGAGGGGCGAAGGGAGAAACAACAUCAGCAAGCUGAGCCCCGUGGACGUGCAGGAGGUGGAGCAGACCAAAGUCAGCUCUACUGACGGGGCAGAAGCUCCACGAAAACACCACCGGCAUCGGGAUAAGGACAGACUGGGAGAGCAAGAGAAGGGUGACGUGACCAAGGAUGAGAACGGGGAAUCUGGCGCCAACAAUAAGGAGGAGCGGCACAGGCAGCACAGGAGCCGCAGCAAGGAGGUGGAAGGGGGGAGUAAGGAAGGGAAAAGUGAUCGCAACAGGAGUCAGGAAGGGGGAAAGAGGCACCAUCGCCGAGGGUCGGUGGAAGAAGGUGCUGAGAAGGAGCAUCGUAGGCAUCGGACUCACCGGCACUCUGCCGAACGGCAAGGCAAGGAAGGCAACGGGACAAUCAAUGGGGCCAGGAGUGAGCGGCGUUCCCGACACCGGGGAGGGUCGAGGUCUGGGAACCGGGAAGGAGAGCCCGGGUCCAAGGGUGAGAAUGGAGAAGAGCCUCACAGACGGCACAGGUUCAGGAACAGGGCGCUGUCAACGUACGAUUCGGUGGAGAAGGAGAACGGGGAGAAGGAGGGGGAGGCUGGCGAGAAGGAGCACCGGAAUCAUCAGCCCAAGGAGAAUCAGUGUGAGAUUGAGGCUAGUGGAAGUGUGAGUGUCCCUGUGCACACCCUUCCCAGCACCUAUCUGCAGAAAGUGCCGGAGCAACCAGAAGACGCUGACAACCAGAAGAACGUGACGCGGAUGAUUCAGCCGCCUCUGGACAAAACCACCGCUGUGAACAUCCCUGUCACCAUCACUGCCCCGCCGGGGGAAACCACUGUCAUACCAAUGAACAACGUUGAAUUUGAAAGUAAAACAGAGGAGAAGAAAGAUGUCGAUGACUUGACGAAAAAUGGGCCUAAACCAAUCUUGCCUUACAGUUCCAUGUUUAUCCUAAGUCCUACAAAUCCGAUUCGGCGUCUGUUCCACUAUAUCGUCAACCUGCGCUAUUUCGAGAUGGUCAUCCUCAUAGUUAUAGCCCUCAGCAGCAUUGCCUUGGCUGCAGAAGACCCCGUCCAGGCCGAGUCACCGAGGAACGACGCUCUGAAAUACUUGGAUUAUAUAUUUACGGGUGUCUUUACCUUUGAGAUGGUGAUCAAGAUGAUUGACUUGGGGCUGUUACUCCACCCUGGCUCCUACUUCCGUGACCUGUGGAAUAUCCUGGACUUCAUUGUGGUCAGUGGGGCCUUGGUGGCAUUUGCCUUCUCAGGAACCAAAGGCAAGGAUAUCAACACAAUCAAGUCACUGCGAGUUCUGCGGGUCCUAAGACCGCUGAAGACCAUUAAACGGCUGCCAAAACUAAAGGCUGUCUUUGACUGCGUGGUGAAUUCCCUGAAGAACGUCCUCAAUAUCCUCAUAGUUUACAUGCUCUUCAUGUUCAUUUUUGCCGUCAUUGCUGUGCAGCUCUUUAAAGGCAGAUUCUUCUACUGCACCGAUGAGUCCAAGGAGCUGGAGAAGGACUGCAGGGGUCAGUACCUCGAUUAUGAAAAAAAUGAGGUGGAGGCGCAGCCCAGGGAAUGGAAAAAAUACGAGUUCCACUACGACAACGUGCUCUGGGCUCUGCUCACGCUCUUCACUGUCUCCACAGGCGAAGGGUGGCCAACUGUGCUGAAGCACUCGGUGGAUGCUACUUACGAGGAACAGGGUCCCAGCCCUGGCUACCGAAUGGAAAUGUCUAUCUUUUACGUGGUGUAUUUUGUUGUCUUCCCUUUUUUCUUUGUGAACAUCUUUGUGGCGUUAAUCAUCAUCACCUUCCAAGAGCAAGGAGAUAAAGUGAUGUCAGAGUGCAGUCUCGAGAAAAACGAGAGGGCCUGCAUAGACUUCGCCAUAAGUGCCAAGCCGCUGACGCGCUACAUGCCUCAGAACAAGCAAUCUUUUCAGUACAAGAUGUGGAAAUUUGUGGUGUCCCCUCCCUUUGAGUAUUUUAUCAUGGUCAUGAUUGCACUCAAUACCAUUGUCCUAAUGAUGAAGUUCUAUGAUGCUCCAGAAGCAUAUGAAGAAAUGUUGAAAUGCCUGAAUAUUGUGUUUACAUCCAUGUUUUCAAUGGAAUGUGUGCUGAAGAUCAUUGCCUUUGGUGUGCUGAAUUAUUUCCGAGAUGCCUGGAAUGUCUUUGAUUUUGUAACAGUGUUGGGAAGUAUUACUGAUAUUUUAGUAACAGAGAUUGCGGUAAGUACAGACAACUUCAUCAACCUCAGCUUCCUGCGGCUCUUCAGGGCAGCGAGACUUAUCAAGCUCCUUCGCCAGGGUUACACUAUCCGCAUCUUGCUCUGGACAUUUGUGCAGUCUUUUAAGGCCUUGCCUUAUGUGUGUCUCCUCAUUGCAAUGCUCUUUUUCAUCUAUGCCAUUAUUGGAAUGCAGGUAUUUGGAAACAUCGCGCUAGAUGAUGAAACCUCCAUUAAUCGGCACAAUAACUUCCGUACCUUCCUCCAAGCCCUGAUGCUUCUGUUCAGGAGCGCCACGGGGGAAGCCUGGCACGAGAUCAUGCUGUCGUGCCUGAGUAACAGAGCCUGCGACCCGCUCUCCGGCCUCACCAAAAAUGAAUGUGGCAGCGAUUUUGCCUAUUUCUACUUUGUGUCGUUCAUCUUCCUGUGCUCCUUCCUGAUGUUAAACCUGUUUGUGGCUGUGAUUAUGGACAAUUUUGAAUACCUGACAAGAGACUCCUCCAUCCUUGGGCCCCAUCAUUUGGAUGAGUUUGUUCGUGUCUGGGCUGAAUAUGACCCAGCUGCCUGCGGGCGCAUCAGUUACACAGACAUGUAUGAGAUGCUGAGACACAUGUCCCCACCUCUAGGCCUUGGAAAGAAAUGCCCUGCUCGUGUUGCCUAUAAGCGCCUGGUGCGGAUGAACAUGCCGAUCUCGCCUGAAGAUUUAACCGUCCACUUCACAUCCACACUGAUGGCCUUGAUCCGCACUGCCCUAGAAAUCAAACUCGCCUCAGGGGGUGUUAAACAGCACCAGUGCGAUGCUGAGUUGAGAAAGGAGAUCUCGCUGGUUUGGCCCAAUCUGUCCCAGAAGACUCUGGAUUUGCUGGUGCCUCCUCACAAACCCGAUGAGAUGACUGUGGGGAAGGUCUACGCAGCGCUGAUGAUAUUCGACUUCUACAAGCAGAAUAAGAACAGCAGGGAACAAGUCCACCAGCCAGCUGGAGGCCUGUGCCAGCCCGGACCAGUGUCGCUCUUCCACCCCCUGAAGGCCACUUUGGAGCAAACCCAGCCCGCAGCAUUCAACAACGCAAAGGCGUUCCUUCGCCAGAAAAGCUCAGCCUCACUCAACAACGGGGGCGCGUUGCCAGCCCCAGAGGGUGGGAUCAAAGAGUCCAGUUCUUGGGGGACCCAACGCACCCAGGAUGUGUUUUAUGAAACAAGGACACCAGCUUUUGAGCGAGGCCACUCAGAAGAAAUCCCCAUUGAACGGGUGAGCAAACAGGGUGAAGAUGUGAAGACAGGGGAAAUCAGCCCCACGCUUGCCAACGGAGAGCACCAACCAGGCCUGGAGAGCCAGGGGCGGGCGGCUUCCAUGCCGCGCCUGGCCGCCGAAACUCAGCCCAUCCCGGACACGAGCCCCAUGAAGCGCUCCGUCUCCACACUCACUCCGCAGCGCCCUCACGCCAUGCACCUCUACGAGUACUCCUUGGAGCGCAUGCCGCCGGAGCAAGGGCAUCACCACCAUCAUCACCGCUGCCACCGGCGGAAAGAGAAGAAGCAGAAGUCCUUGGACAGGACCCCCCAUCAGCUGGCCGAUGGAGAAGCUGUGGCCCAGUCUGGUGAGUCUUCUUCCAAGGACAAGAAGCAGGAACGUGGCCGGUCCCAAGAGAGGAAGCAGCACUCUUCCUCCUCCUCCGAAAAGCAGCGCUUCUACUCCUGCGACCGCUAUGGCAGCCGGGACCGUUCUCAGCCCAAGUCUGCCGAUCAGAGCAGGCCCACCUCACCCAACGGAGGGCCAGAGCAAGGUCCACACAGACAGGGCAGUGGUUCAGUUAAUGGGAGCCCCUUGCUGUCGACAUCUGGUGCUAGUACCCCAUGCCGGGGUCGGAGGCAGCUCCCACAGACUCCACUGACCCCACGUCCCAGCAUCACUUACAAGACGGCUAACUCCUCGCCCGUGCACUUCACCAGUUUCCAAACCGGCCUGCCCACUUUCUCCCCGGGACGCCUGAGCCGCGGCUUGUCGGAGCACAACGCGCUGCUGCGGGGGGACCAGCAGCCGCCCCAGCCGGCGGUGGCCCGCAUCGGCUCCGACCCCUACCUGGGGCACCGCGACGACGCCGACAGCCCCUGCCGCGCGGUGCCGGAGGACACGCUCACCUUCGAGGAGGCGGUGGCCACCAACUCGGGACGGUCCUCAAGGACUUCUUACGUCUCCUCCUUGACCUCCCAGUCUCACCAAAUCCGCAGGGUGCCCAACGGCUACCAUUACACGCUGGGUCUCAACACGGGCCCCGGGACUGGCACCAGAGGACGUAGUUACUACCACGAAGCCGAUGAGGAUGACUGGUGCUAGCGGCAUGGCAGAACCCUUCAAGGUGUGUGUGUGUGUUUAAAAUCGAUGAGUUUUAUCAUCUGGAAGGCUGUGCGCUCCGAUGCGCGCGGUGCCCGGGGCCGGAGGGGGCCUGCGGGGCAGCUCCUGCUGCGAGAACUGCUCUGCCCCCGGGUCUGGAGGCAGUCCUGCAGCCU